AGGGAAGGCAUGGCGUAGAAAACACAUCCUAGCAACCGUUGCCCGCAUUUUGCGUUUAGUUUGAGGUUGUUUGGGUCCUCUGGCUUGGUGGUUGGGUUUCUCCGAUAAAACUCUCUCGGUUCGCUACGGUCCGCAAAUUAAUUAAUAACCCCCCGAAAAGCAGAAAGAAAUGUCGGAACGGUAUUUACGAGAGCAAAAUCUGGUCAUUGUACCACCGGAACAAUCGAAGUACAGCACGCACGAUUGGGACGCCAACAAUCAGAAGCAAAAUCUGUUCUCCAUAGCACAGCAAGCAUUGGCCGAUCGGGUGAUAAGUGAAAGUGAACGCGUCAUCGAUGAAACGAAACACACGACAAACGCGUGUAAGGACGAGGUGGACUUUCGGCUACGAGAGCGCAUCGAGGACAUCCAGUUUCGGCGGGACGAGCUGCAGCACCAGAAGCGGGAGGCACACAUCGAAGAGGAAGCACUGAAGGUGUACAAACGGCGUACGAUCGAUGCAAUCAACACGCUGCGUGAGAUUGCCGUUCCGCUCUGCCAGAAGUGUUUGGUGCUCCGCGAGACCCGCGAAGGCUCCGAUCUCGUAAACGAUGGAGUCGAUCGGGAGCUCCGCAAAGAGCUGACCGUAAUGGAAGGUGGUGUGGCGAUGCUGGAAAAGGUGCUGGCGGAGUGUGUGGAGCAGAUACGAAGACUGCGAGCCACGAUCUAUCUGCUGGAUCGCGAUCUGGCCGACAAGGACCGAUCGAUAAGGAUCGACGAGAAGAAUCUAGAGCUGCGUCCGAACCAGAUGGAGAUGAAGGUGUACGCUGGUCGGGUUCCUCUGGAUCCUUACAACGCUACGGACGAGGAGUGGAUUAUGGUGACGAAUCGGAACAUCGAAGCGACGGCCAAGGAGAUCAACAGUGCGCAACCGAUGCGCUCGUACAUCGAUCAGCUGCUGCGCCAGAUUGCGGAAGAUAUCCGCGUUCAGGUCGAGCGUACGAAUGCCGCAUUCCGCCAGCGUAUCGCCGAGAUGCGCUACACCAAGGUGAAGCUGGAGAACGUUCACAAGGAAACGGUGCGGCAGGUGAACGAGCUGACGCGUACCGUGACGCGGCUGGAGAUCGAGAUCGCUGAGAAGGAAGGAUACGUGGCCCUUGCCCAGACACGCCUCGCCAAUCGGGCCCAACGACCCGGUAUCGAGCUGUGCCGGGAUAGUGUGUUCGAAGGGUUGAAGCGUGAACUGGCGGAGCUGCGCAGCACGACAGCCAAACUGGACGGCAGCUUGGUUAAGUCGAAGGCCACGUUACGCUACCUGCUCAAUACGCAGGUCAUGCAGGAGGAGGAAAUCAACCGUAAGACGGGCUCGUUGCGCACCGACGAGGUCGACUGUAUGACGAUGCGCGAAAGCUUAAAGUUUCAGGAUUUCUAAACCGCCGGUGGCUUGGACCACGGUCAGACAAUGCAAUAAAGUACGAUCCCAAAUCACGUGUUUGUAACGCUAGAUAAUAAUAAUGA